CACAAGUUACUGACUGCCGUCACAGCAUCUACACCGCCUCAGAGGGAACAACGCAAAAUCGUCUCAAUGUCAUCCGAACAGGAAGAUUGCCACCUGUGCAAGGAAUACCUCAGGGAUCCCGUGUCCAUUCCAUGUGGCCACAUCUUCUGUUCCGUUUGCCUGAAGACAUAUUGGGAUCAUGCUGACCACACAGGCUCCUACCUUUGCCCACAGUGCAGGGUCACCUAUAACAAGAGGCCCACCCCAAGGCGCAUGGGAGGCUCCCGGCACUCCACCAUCCAACGCAAUGCCGAAUCCUUUCCACCUCCACCUCCGUCCCCUGACUACAACUACGCAGGACCCCAGGAUGUAGGUUGCGACAUCUGCAUUGGCAAGAAGCACAAAGCCGUCAAGACCUGCCUGAUGUGUCUGGCCUCCUACUGUGAGAAGCAUCUCAAGCCCCACUUUGAGUCAGCCACUUUUAAAAGGCACAAGCUGGUGGAUGAAAUCGGCCACCUGGACAGACAGAUCUGUCCCCAGCAUCAGAAGGGUCUGGAGCUGUUUUGUCGCACUGACCAGAUGUGUAUCUGUGUGCUGUGUACAGUGAAAGAACACAAAGGUCACGACAUGGUGUCUGCUGAGCAGGAGAGGGCGGAAGAGCAGCAACGGCUGGGCGCCACCCAGGCUGAGAUCCAGGAGAAGAUUCAUGACCGACUCAAGCAGAUGGAGGAACUAAAACAAGCAGUGGACUCACUGAAGAACUCAGCCCAGAGAGCGCUGCAGGAAUGUGAAAAGAUGUUUAGCGACAUGAUGCGCUCCAUUGAGAGGAUGCAGCAAGAGAUGGCCAAACUCAUCUCCUCCAACAAGAGAGCAGCACUCAACAACGCAGAGGGCCACAUGGAGCGUCUCACCCAUGAGAUCGCUGAUCUGAAGAGGAGAGACAACGAGAUCACCCAGCUGUCCCGCACUGAGGACCACAUCCACUUCAUCCAGUCCUACCACAUGCUGAUAGCCCAGACGGAGGCUGAGGAGCUGCCUACAGUGACCGUCAACCCCUACUUCACCUUCGGCCCGGUCACAAAGGCCGUCUCUGAGAUGAAACAGCACCUGAAUGAAUUCAGCAAUGAUGAACUGGUUAAGGUAGCCACGACGGUUAACAAAAUGACCUUCUGCCAACUGGAGGAAUCCAAAAAGAGACGGUCAAUAAAAAGUGAUGAAGCUGCCAUGUACAAGUCUGUACCAGUCCAUGAACCUCAGCACAGGGCCGAUUUCCUGAAAUAUGCUUGUCAGCUCACUCUGGACCCAAACACAGCCUACAGACAGCUCUACUUGUCUCGAGGGAACAGGAAAGCUGCCCUCAAGAGAGACCCCCAAUCCUACGGUGACCACCCAGCCAGGUUUGACUCCCUGCCCCAGGUCCUGUGUAUGGAGCCUCUCUCCGGAGGAGCUUACUACUGGGAGAUUGACUGGAGCGGAGAAGGUGCUGCCCUCGGUGUCACCUACAAAGGCAUCAAGAGGACGGGCUACGGAGACAGCUGUCGCAUCGGCUACAACCGCAAGUCUUGGAGCAUCUUCUGUUCUGAUUCCAGCUAUUCAGCCCGCCACAACAAAGACCAGAUAGAUCUCAAAGCACCCUACUCGUCACGUAUAGGGGUGUUCCUAGACCACGCUGGGGGGACCCUCUCUUUCUACACUGUAGGGGACACCAUGUCUCUCAUCCACCGCUUUAAGGCCUCCUUUAGUGAGGCAGUCUAUCCAGGCUUCUGGGUUUGGUAUGAGUCAGCUAUCACCCUCAUCCAGCUGUGAUUAAAUAACACACUUCCAAUGAUCUGUGAUUCAGUAUGUAUGUAUGAAUCUACAGAACAUAAACAAUCUGAUUAUAUAUUAUAAUUAUUUUACAAGAUAGGAUAUAUUGUUGUUUUUAAGACUAUAUACAGUAUAUAUUCAGUAUAUGUUGACUAUCAGGGGAACUGUUCUAGAUGACUGUGAAUAUUCUGCAAAUCAUGUGAAAUGUAAGAUCAGGUGUAUGAAGUUAAUGAGCAUUUAAAAUAAUGAAGGCUGUACUUGAUUGAAAUAUACCAUGAGAUCAUUUAUAUAGGUUGUGAUAUACUUAUUUUUAUCAAUAAACAUUUUAUA